AUGAACGCCUUGACAAGCAGCGACGAUGCGGUGCGGAGCGCGAUGCCGACCGAUGCUGCGCGGGACGGGCGGGGGGGCGGGUGGCGGCCGCCGCCGAGUCCGUGGGGGGCGGACCUCCGCGUUGCGGGGAAAGGCACGAGUAGUGGAGGUGGUGACGCAGACGGGGGCAGGCGGACGCAUGCGGGGCCCUCGCCACAAGGAGCAGGACCCACAGCCCCCGCCAUUGCGGACUCGGAAGAGAUGCCGGCGAUGCCGGAGGUGAAGUUUUCUUCCUCGCCGCUGCGGGUGCGGUCCCCGCGUAGUCCUCCGUCCCUGAGGGGCGCCCCCUGCCCAACGCGCGAGGGCGCCGCGGACUCCGCGCAAGCAGGCGACGAUGCGCCCGCCUGGGACGCCUUCUUGGAGCUGAAGGCGCGAACGGAAGAGUCCGUGUCUCGCAUGACAUCCUUUUACGAUCAGGUGGUGAGGCUGCAACUCACACACGAGCAGGAGGCGGCGGCGUACCGCGAUGCUGCGGAGACCAUGAUGCACCAGCAACGCAAGGCCCUAGACGCUCUUUCGUCGGAAUGCAAGGACGCUCAAUCCGCGAGAGAAAGUUUACAAACGCUUCUGGCGAAGAAGUCCCAACAACUCAUGGAGUUCGAGAACGCAAACUACAGCCUUGGCGUGCGGCUGCGGGAGGCGGAGCAGCGCGUUGCCCACGUGAACGACCGCGCGACCGUCGCGGAGGCGGGGCGAAAGAUUGCAGAGGUGCGGGCGAAGGAGCUUGAGAUGUCGCUGGAACACACCACUGGGCUGGUGAAGGCGCUUCGCCAGCGGCUGGGCGAGUUCGCUCGGGACAGGGAGGCCGCCCUGCAGGCGCAGUACAAAGUGUUUGAGGAGAAUCGAAGGGACGUCAUCCACCACUACGACGCGCGGGAGCGGGCAAUGGUGCGGGAGUUUAACGACACAGUGGAGAGUAUUCAACGCACGAUGCUUCAAAAAAUGAAGGAGCGCGAGGAGCAUCUGUCAAGGUACUGGCAGGACGCGCUGCAAGUUCAGCGCCAGCAACAGCAGGAAUUUCUGAGGCAGGCGACGCUGAUGCAGGAACGGGGGGAGAAAGACUACCAGGCAAACAUCGCUCGCGUGGAGCAGGACAAGGAGCGCUGGUAUGAUCAGUAUCGAAGUGAAAUGAAUCUUUUGGAGCAGCGGCACAAGGAACGAGAGCAGCAUGUCCUGGCGGACAUUGCGCGAAGAGAGAGAGAGCUUGGGGAGCGAGAGCAGAGGAUGCGACUGCAACGCGCCCAGGAGGAACAGGAGUCCAAGGUGGCACUGGCCGCAAAGGAGGCGGAGCUGAAGGCCUAUUAUCAAAAAAUCACGGAGGACAUGCGUGCUUCGUUUGACAGGGAGCGAGCGAAGUUAACCGCAUCCUUUCGUGAGCAGGUGCAGGAACUGUCGCAACUGCACAUGAAUAACGAGAGGGAACUGGAGCGGAUGCACCGGGACAAGGAGCGAGAGAUGGCGCAGCGGUAUCGCGUGGCGGGCUACGAGGUGGAUGAUCGCAGAGGGGAAGUCAACCUCCGUGGAACGUCCCUGCAGGCGCAAUCGGCGCUUUUGUCGAGGUUUGACGCGAUUGAGGCGCGUCAGCGUGAACGUGCCGAGAAGGUGCGAGCCGCCUUUCACGCCCCCGCCUCUCUCCAUACUUCGCCCCCGCCUCCUGAGGAGGAGAAGGAGUGA